AUGCAUCCAGGAAAUGCAAGUUCUCCACACAUCUUCAUUCUCUUGGGCUUCUCUGACUAUCCCUGGUUGGAAAUGCCCCUAUUCGUGAUGGUGCUCGUGGCUUAUGCGUUCACACUCCUGGGCAACAUCUCCAUCAUUGUGGUGUCUAGGGCAGAUCCUCGUCUUGACAGUCCUAUGUACUUCUUCCUUUCCAACCUCUCCUUCCUGGACCUGUGUUUUACCACAACCACCAUCCCUCAGCUUCUGCGGAACCUCUGGGGACCAGAUAAAUCUAUCAGUUAUGGAGGCUGUGUGACCCAGUUUUAUAUGUUUCAUUUCCUGGGAGCCACGGAAUGCAUCCUCUUAGCUGUCAUGUCCUUGGAUCGUUACCUUGCCAUCUGCAAACCCCUGCGGUACCCUGCAAUCAUGAAUAAGCGACUUUGCAUCCUCCUCGUGGCCAUGACAUGGCUGAGUGGCUUGGCUAACUCCUUGCUUCAGGCAUCUCUCACGCUCCAGCUUCCACUUUGUGGUAACAACAAGGUAGACAACUUUCUGUGUGAGGUCCCGGUGAUGAUCAAGAUGUCGUGUGCUGACACCACGUUCAACAUAGCUCUGCUCUCUGUCGUGGGAGCGUUCUAUUCUCUUGUUCCCUUGUCACUUAUCCUUGUGUCCUACGGGUUCAUUGUAGCUACUGUGCUCAGGAUUCGGUCCUCAGAAGGGAAGAAGAAGGCGUUUAACACAUGUGGUUCCCAUGUCAUUGUUGUGUCACUUUUCUACGGACCAGUAAUUAUUAUGUAUGUGCAACCCUCCUCCGCUAACUCUCAGGACAAGAACAAGCUCAUGUCUCUUUUCUACAGUUUGGUGACUCCUAUGCUUAAUCCUUUUAUCUACACUUUGAGGAACAAGGACAUGAAAGGGGCAAUGAGGAAGCUUGUAAUCUCAUUGUGUCAUCAGGGAACAGAAGAAUCAUAG